AUGAUAACUGGAAAAGAUAUUUAUGAUGUUCUUGCAGCCAUAGUACCCCUAUAUGUUGCUAUGAUUCUGGCCUAUGGCUCAGUUAGGUGGUGGAAAAUCUUUACCCCUGAUCAAUGUUCAGGCAUCAACCGUUUUGUUGCUGUUUUUGCCGUUCCAUUACUGGGAUUCCAUUUCAUCUCCUCAAAUGAUAUUUAUGCAAUGAAUUACCAUUUUAUUGCUGCUGAUUCGUUGCAAAAAGUCGUAAUUCUUGGAGCCCUUUUCGUAUGGCAGGCCUUUACCAAAAAUGGAAGCUUGGAAUGGAUGAUCACUCUUUUUUCCCUUUCAUCUCUCCCAAACACUCUUGUCAUGGGAAUCCCUCUCCUUCGAGCCAUGUAUGGAGAUUUCUCAGGGAACCUAAUGGUUCAAAUUGUGGUUAUGCAGAGUGUUAUUUGGUACACUCUUAUGCUGGUCAUGUUUGAAUAUAGAGGAGCAAAGCUUCUCAUCUCUGAGCAAUUUCCUGAAACUGCAGCUUCCAUCACCUCUUUUCGCGUUGAGUCGGAUGUUAUUUCUUUAAACGGUCGAGAGCCUUUGCAGGCAGAUGCUGAGAUUGGUGAUGAUGGAAAGCUACAUGUGGUGGUUAGGAGAUCAACCUCGGCUUCCAUGAUAUCUUCAUUCAAUAAAGGACUACAUUCAUCAGCCAUCACUCCCAGAGCAUCAAACCUGACUGGAGUGGAGAUUUAUUCUGUUCAAUCUUCAAGGGAGCCAACCCCGAGGGCUUCGAGUUUUAAUCAGACAGAUUUCUAUGCUAUGUUUUCAAGCAAGGCUGGGAGUGCGAGUCCUAAACAUGGUUAUACAAAUAGUUUUGGUGGGGAAGUAUUUUCAUUGCAUUCCUCUAAGGGUCCUACACCAAGGACAUCAAAUUUUGAAGAGGAGAUGAUGAAGAUUGGGAAGAAGAAGGGAGGAAGAAGCAUGAGCGGAGAGCUGUUCAAUAAUGGAUUAGCUUCAUAUCCUCCUCCAAACCCAAUGUUUUCAGGGCCUGCCAGUGGACCUAAGAGAAAGGAAAGUGGCAGUGCUGCAAUGCCCAACAAAGAGCUUCACAUGUUUGUUUGGAGCUCCAGUGCCUCUCCUGUAUCUGAAGCACAUACCAAAAAUGCAGUUAAUGGAGAUAAUUCAACAGACAUAGGGGCCAUUGAUCCUACUAAGCUUCAAGAGGAUGUUGCUGCUUCAAGAGCAGGGAAAACCAAUGGGGAUAGAGAGAUUGAGAUUGAGGAUGCUUCAAAGUUUCCAGCAAAUGCUUCUCCUUUCUCGUGCCACAAGAAAAUAGAUUUCGAUGAUGUAGCUGAGGCUAAAAAGCAUCAGAUGCCUCCUGCAACGGUCAUGACUAGACUGAUACUCAUCAUGGUUUGGCGAAAGCUCAUCAGGAAUCCCAACACCUAUUCAAGUCUUCUUGGCCUCAUAUGGUCUCUCAUUUCAUUCAGGUGGAACAUUCAAAUGCCUGCAAUUGUUAAGGGAUCAAUAUCCAUCCUUUCUGAUGCUGGCCUUGGAAUGGCUAUGUUCAGUCUAGGCUUAUUCAUGGCUUUGCAACCCAAAAUCAUAGCCUGUGGAAAAUCCGUGGCCACAUUUUCAAUGGCAGUUAGGUUCUUAACUGGGCCAGCAGUAAUGGCAGCAACAUCUAUCGCCAUUGGUCUCCGCGGAGUUCUUUUACAUGUGGCUAUUGUCCAGGCUGCUCUUCCCCAAGGCAUCGUUCCCUUCGUAUUUGCAAAAGAAUACAAUGUCCAUCCAGACAUUUUGAGCACAGCGGUUAUCUUUGGAAUGCUGGUUGCUUUACCCAUCACAAUACUCUACUAUGUGCUUCUUGGGCUAUGA